GAGAGAGAGACAGAGAGAGACAGAGAGAGUCUAGCAGGAUCUUGUUUUGUGUAGCUGCUAGUUCAGCACUGUAAGCUGCAGUCUCUGUACCACUUCGCUGUACCGAGGGUUUUGGCCAUGCUGUUUGCUCUGCCCAGGCUCGCUGUGUUUAUCUCUGCAGUGCUGUUCAAUGGUGUUGUAGUCUGGGCAAGUACACACACGGAGCUUGAUCCAGGGUUUCUCCAGUGUCAAGAGUGUUUUUUCAGAGGCACACCUCCACAAUCACUGUCUGAGCUGGGUUUGGAGCAGAGGUGUCACAGACAUCUGACCGCACGGCCUUUUGCAUCUCUCUAUAACAGCGACUGCCAGACCACCGUUUAUACAGCCCUUCACCUCGGUCUGAAUAAUGGAUGGGGCAGGGGAGUGCACAGCACGCAGGAUGCCAAAGAAGAAAUCAAUGAGGAUUCCCAUGUGGCCAUCCCAGCUCUUUACAGAGGAACCACCAGCCUGACCCCAUCUCCCUCAAACUCCCCUCUCCUGAAAUGGGAUGCUCUGACGGCACAGCUGACACAGAGCUCUCUCGUACCGAUGUGUUCAGAGAUGAGCGGGGACAUUUAUGUGCAUAUUGGUGUGGGUGGGUUUAACGAGUGUGGGGGGAAACUAUUGUGGUCAGCAGUGUGUUGUGCUGCUUCAGAUGGAGAUGGUAGUUUCAGUGUUGGGCUAGUGAAGGAGGGGGAUGUGAGAGUGCUCAGCAUUGAGGAGUUAGAGGAGCUGAUAGGAGUUACAAGCCUUUUUUCAGGAGGUUGUGGUAAAAUGGGACAUCAGAGAGAAAAAGAACUGACAUCGUUCUUCAUAAAGCAACUGAAUGACAACAAAACACCCAUUGGCGUACAUAACACUCAGGAAGCAGCAACACCAGAAUCAGAUAACGAGGACAUGAUAGAGCAUGUGAAUGGCGAAGCCCCAAGCUACACUUCCUUCAGCUCAGACAUGGACAUUGAGGAGAGCACCAAUGAGACUGAGAGCUCAGAGUCGGCUCUUCUCUACAUUCUGUCUUCCACCAUCUCUCUCCUUUAUGCCCCCUUUUCUCCGAUCGUAAACAAGGCCAUUAACUUUCCCUUCCAGGUCGCCUACGUUCUUCAGGAAGAUCUGGCCGUUCUGGCCUCGGUGCCUGUUGACAGCUUCACUUUGGUCAACAACUUGUGCUCAGGAGUGUCUUCUGGGGUUUCAUGCAUUUUUAGCACCUUGUACCAGACAGGAGAAACAAUCGUGUGCACGGUUUACUUUUGCCUCAGUCCAUUAGUCAGCAGCCUUGCCCUGGCAUUCCAGGAUGGAUUCAUAGGGACGGGCACUCUGGUGUCGGAUGCCUUGGGGGUCAUGACGGGAACGGUUGGGAAUGGGUUCAGGAUCAUCAAGAUGGUUCUUGGGUCAGUUGGGGAUCAGGUGGUAGAUUACUUGUGUGCCGUAUCCUCUGAAAUGGGCCACCAGGUCUCAACAGUAGGUAGUGGGAUUGGAACACUUACCUGGAGAAGUGGAAGAGGGGUGGGAAACCUAUUAAACAUCGCUGUGUCCGUCAUAGGCGGACUGGUGGAGAAUACAAUAACCAAUGUCCUGGAAGCUUUUGGAGGGAGCUCAGGGGGAUCAUCCGAAUCGCAAAUGCCUGAAUUGCUGACAUCUGAAGUGGUUGGUGAAUAGAUUCAAAAGUGUGUAAUGCCUCUGUUAGAAACCUUAUUUGCAUAUUACACCACAAAUAGAGUCCAAGAGUUCCCACCCACUUUUUUAGCAGUGUUGGUUCUGGAAGUAUUUUUCCCAUUCACUUUUCUCAAUUGGGAUUUGUAACAAAGCAAACAAGGUAAAUCACAACAUUACAAAAUUUGAUUAAAGCAAAAGUCUUUAAAAAUCUAACAAAAAGACAACUCCAUUUGCAUUGCAAUAUAAUUGACAAAACUAUAUAUAUAUAUAUAUAUAUAUAUAUAUAUAUAUAUCAAGAGUCAAGAGUUUUGUCAAGAGUUGGUGCAAUUUGCUUGUUUCGAUUCUCUGAUUGGUGGAGAUCAGGGUAAUGUUUUUAACACAAAUUAAAAAAAAAUUGAAAUAAUGCUGACCAAAGGUUUUUACAAAAGAACAUCUAUAAGCAACCUCGUAGCUCAAAGUAGGUCUAUCUUAUUGUUAAAAAAUCAAUUCCCUGGUGAAAUUGAAUGGGAUUUUUUACUGCCAGAACCCAACUGUCACUAUAUAGUGUCUUGUGGACUUGACAAUAAAUAUUGACCAUGGCUUGUGAAUAUAAAUUAUGAAACCUCUAUAUUGCUGUCUGCCUUUAAAAGGAGGAAUGAAUGGUGCAAUGCAGGGUGAUUUGAUGAUCCCAUUUCAAGGUGUUGAGCAAUGUUUAUUAAGUGACAAACAAGUGAUGUAAGUGUGUGAGAUGUUUAUGUCAUUUAAUCUGACAUACAAAGGCCUUGCUGUGUCAUGGUUUAUAUGCUGCAAUAAAACAACUUCUGUGUGA